UAUACGUACUCCAAUCAUUAAUCGACGCAUCGGAGGUGAGCUCAGACAUGGAAUUUUUUUUUCCAGCCAAUGGGUUCCAGUGUCACGGUUGAUGUAAUAAUGCUCUGAAGAUUUAUCAAUCUGGUGCACCGGAGCCGGGUCUCUCUUGCUUUGGCUCCGCUCCUGGGACCAUCUCUUGCCAUGAUAAAAGCUUAUAUUUCUCGAAGCUCAAAUAUUUCACGCUUCUCACUGUUCAAACCCAAAUCAUCCCAUAUUUAUAUUCCAUUUACAAAAUACUGUUCUCCUCUGAAUCCUGUCCAUCAGCCACGACACGUCCCUCCCCAAAUCUCGAACCUCUAUGAAAGAAAAGAUCCAGUUACCUUUGCCAGUGCCCUCGCCUUCUCUUCAAGGACCAAUUCGAGCCUUCUCGGAACCCAAAUCCAUUCUCAAAUCAUCAAGCUCGGUUUCUCCAAAGACAUCUUCUCUCAGAACAACUUGGUCGUGAUGUAUUCUAAAUGCGAGGUUCUAGGACAUGCACUCAAAUUGUUUGAUGAAAUGGCUGAAAAGAAUCUUGUCUCUUGGACCUCCAUGAUCUCUGGAUUGGUUCAAAAUAAUGAACAUGGCAUGGGUCUAGAGCUGUAUAUAGAGAUGACGAGGUCCGGGUUUUAUCCAAAUGAAUUCACCCUCGCCGGUGUCUUGAGUGCAUGCACAUUGAUCCUGGCCAUUAAUUUUGGUCAUUGCAUUCAUUCGAUUGCUUUGAAGUUAGGUUUGGACGGGAAUCCUUUUGUCGGUAGUUCACUUCUAUUGAUGUAUGCCAAGUGGGGAAACGUUGAAGCUGCAGAGCUUGUCUUUGAGUAUAUAGGUUAUCGAGACUUGGCUUGUUGGAAUGCGAUGGUAGAGGGGUAUGCAAUAAAUGGAUAUGUCUAUGGUGCGAUGAGAACUGUAACUAUCAUGCACCAGAGAGGAUUAAUUGCUGACCGGUUCACAUACAUUAGUGCUCUGAAAGGGUGUUUGACAAGGGGGAAUUUGAGUUUCGGGCAACAAAUUCACUGCUUGAUCAUUCAGAAUGAGUUUGAAAACAAUACUUCAGUGAUGAAUUCUCUUAUUGAUAUGUACUUUAGAACAGGCAUGAAGGACUCUGGAGUGAAGGUCUUUGGUAAAACACGAGAAAAAGAUAUAGUAUCAUGGAAUACUGUGAUAUCUGGCUUUGUCCAUGAGGAAGAUGAGAAACAAGUUGUAGAUUUGUUUUCUAAUAUGUUACUAUCUGGUUUGAAGCCUAACCAAGUUACCUUGUCUGUGAUAUUCAGAUUAUGUGGUGCUAAAGAUGAUCUUUCAUUAGGACUUCAGUUCUUUUGCUUUGCUUGUCGUCUUGGAUACUUGAAUGAUGCCCUUGUGAUCAACUCGCUUAUAAAUAUGUUCUCUAGGUGUUCUGUGGUGGAGAAUGCAUAUUUCUUGUUCAGCAACCUUGCUACUAGGAAUCUUAUCACAUGGAAUGAGAUGAUUCAAGGUUAUAACCUUAAUGGAUAUGGCUUAGUGGCAUUACAACUUUUUCAUAGUAUGGUUGGGCUGGGCAUUGAAGCAGAUGAAUUCACAUAUUUAAAUGUAUUGGGUGCUUGUCAAGGAAAUCAGAAAACAGGUGAGCAAAUCCAUGCUAAAGUCAUCAAGUCUGGUUUUGAUUCUUGUAGCUUUGUUUGCAGUUCGCUAAUUAAUGCUUAUUCUAGUUUUGGAUUGGUUGGGAGCUCUUUUAAGAUUUUCCAACAUACCGGGAUAGUGGAUUUGGUAUCUUGGGGGACAAUUAUUUCUGCAUUUUUAAAACAAGGAUUUUGUAGUGAAGCUCUUUCACUUGUAAACAGCUUGAGAGAAACAGGUGAGAAGCCAGAUGAGUUCAUCUUAGGUAGUGCCAUGAAUGCAUGUGCUAAUAUUGCUCUACUUAACCAAACUAAAUGUUUCCAUUCACUUGCAAUCAAGACAGGAUAUGAGAAGCAUUUCUGUGUAGGAAGUGCAAUUAUAGACGCCUAUGCUAAGUGUGGAGAUAUCAAUAGCUCUAAGCAGGCUUUUGAUAGUGUUUCAAGAGAUGAUGAUGCCAUUCUCUUCAAUACCAUGAUUUCAGCUUAUUCACAUCAUGGCCUAAUCACAGACGCCAUUGAGCUCUUUGAGAAGAUGAAGUGUGCUAACUUAAUUCCUACUCAUGCGACAUUCGUGGCUGUUAUAUCAUCUUGUAGUCAUCUAGGUCUAGUGGAGCAAGGGCAACAUUUCUUCAAUUCCAUAAGCUCGGCUUAUGGGAUGUUCCCUUCCAAGGAUAAUUUUGCUUGCUUUGUUGAUCUUCUUGCACGAAAUGGGCUUAUCGAGAAGGCUAAAGAUGUCAUUGAAAACAUGCCAUAUGAACCUUGGCCUGCUAUUUGGAGAUCAUUAUUAAGUGGUUGUCGGAUUUAUGGGAAUAAAGAGAUUGGUGAACUGGCUGCUGAGCAGAUCCUUAAGUUGAUGCCAAACAAUGAUGGUGCCUAUGUCCUGUUGUCUAAUAUUUAUGCCGAAGAUGGAAGAUGGGAGGAUGCAGAGAAGGUGAGGAUGAAGAUGGAAGAAAAGGGAGUUCAGAAGGCAUGUGGAUAUAGUAUAAUGGCAACAUAAAAGGCUGGCCUGCAAAAUGUGGAUAAACAAAAUUUCUAAGACAACCUCUAUAAGAAAGUGAAGAAUGCAAACUUCCAAUAUUUUUGGAGACGAAGAUCCUUGAAGUUUCCUCCCUCCUGCAACCAACAAGAAAAUGAAAAAAAACUGGUGCUUGAGAGCUCCCUUGAAUCAAUUUCUGAGAGUUUGAAGGCUUCUUGCUACGGUUAUGUGAUUAGGGGUUGCAGCAAAUCAAGAAUACUCUUGGUUCUUUUGCUGAUCUACUGGCACCAAUGCACUGCUUAAGAUGGAGUAAAACUUACAUGCAAUUUGAACCUUGGCGUACCAUUUGGUGAUGAACCACUCUGCCAGUGUGUGCUUUGCUGGAGUCAGAGUCGGCUGUUGGCUGGAUAUUUUAACAUGUUAAUGCAUUGCAUAGAGAGUGGGGAAUGAGGAUGAAUAUGGAAGAAGUAUGUAGGAGGUAUCAACUAUCAAGUUUGUUAGGUGGAAAUAUAGGAUGAGCUUCACAAAUUUUUUGAAAGCCCCAUUAUGCUAUUAGUUGGACCCAAGGAUGUAAAUGAAGAUGCCCUGAGGAAGAUAAUUGGUAACUAGCCUAUGGUUUGUUAGGCCCCCAAGGAGAAAUAUGGUUCUUAUCAAAUAAUGGAGAUCGGCAGAUUAUCGAGGAUGCUUCUAUAAUCAGUAUUUGCAUUUACAAGUUUGGAACCAGCUAUGAAAUUGCCAAUGCUUUGGUAAUGGAUGCAUUUGAAGGCAUAAUUAGUAUGUUGCAGUGCAAAGUCCUUUUGCAAACUUGAUUGUGGAUGCUGAGGUCUGGAAAGAAAGGAUCUGCAUGAUGAUUAAGUUAUACUUCUGCUGGCACAGAGGUUUGCCAACUUUUACUUUGUAUGUAGAAUUUUAACCCAAUUCGCCCAGGAAUUUUCCAGCCUAUAUCAUUGUGAUAUUGUCUAAUCUUAUGAAUCUUUUGCCCACUGAGAUAUGUGAUUUUUUCCCUGCAAAAUCAGCCUCUAGAAUCAAAAUAAAGCCAAAUGCUCUUACCUAUCAGUGGAUAAUGGAGUGCUGAAAAGCAUGAAGUUACUCAUAUUUCAUAUAUGAACAUUGAAUAACACAUAAAGAGUGUUUUAUCUUUCGCAAAA